AUGCCGUUAAAACGAAUAUCAAGUUACAAAUCGAAAUCUCAUAUAUCACAUCAAGUCAUGUCGGCCUCCUGUAUAUUUUGCAAGAUAAUAAAAGGUGAUGUGCCAUCAUUUAAACUCUUCGAAUCAGACAAGGUCUUAGCUUUCUUAGACAUCAACCCUUUAUCGCGGGGUCAUGCCUUGGUCGUCCCUAAGUUUCACGGUGAGAAGCUUACCGACAUUCCUGAUGAUUAUUUGAAAGAGAUUCUGCCUGUGGUAAAGAAACUUGUAGUAGCGACAGGCGCAGAGAGCUGGAAUGUUUUACAAAACAACGGCAGUAUAGCUCACCAGGAAGUCGAUCAUGUUCAUUUCCACAUGAUACCCAAACCUAAUACAUCCGAGGGCCUGUCUAUCGGCUGGCCUCAACAGAAAAUGGAUCUAGAAGUCAUGAAGAAUGUCUUUGCUGAGAUCAAGCUGAAGAUGUAA